CUAUCGCCCGUCGCCGUCGCCGCCGUCGCCUCCUGUCGUCAUCCGGCCAACCUCGACGUGGAGCUGCUCUCUCCUCUUUCCCGCUUCACCUCUUCUCCUCGACGCGCUCCUCCCACCCUCCAUCCCGAUCACGAACCUGCCGCAGCGCGAUCGACGUAGCCGUUCCGUCCCCCGUCCCCCGUCGAACCCGCCCCCCUGGUCCCCGCCGCCAUGGCUUCGAAUACCUUCCGAGACUCCAUCAAUUCCCUGGGUUGGAGUCGCCGCGAUGAGCCCGUCAACACCUCCCAGCCGAACGGCCUCCUCUCCUCCAUCCAGAGCCUGAAUCCGUUCGGCGAUCGUGGCUAUGUUCGCCUCCCCACCACCGAGGGUCCCGGUGCCCCCCUGCCCCAGCCCACCCGCCGCGAGGAGGAAGAAGGCUGGUUUGUUCUUAGUCGAUGGGAUCGUUUGAUGGUCUUUGGUGCUUGCAACCUCGCAGCCCUUGCCUGUUUCGUCAUAUGCUUCACCCUCUUUCCAGUCCUCUCCUUGAGGCCUCGCAAGUUUGUCAUCUUGUGGUCCGUCGGAUCCAUGAUGUUCUUAGCAUCAUUUGCGGCCAUGAUGGGACCGAUGAACUAUGUCUACCAUCUCUUCUCAGCCCCUCGACUGCCGUUCACUGCAGCGUACUUUGGUUCCAUCAUCUUGACGCUCGUGUUCGCCCUGAAGCUUCACAGCACCAUCCUCACACUCUUCUCAGCUAUCAUCCAACUCGCCUGUCUGGUGUGGUAUCUGAUCAGCUACUUCCCUAUGGGGUCCACUGGCUUGCGCCUUGCCACAUCGUUUGGUGCGAGACAAGCGACCUCUUGGAUGAGUGGCUAAAAGGGGCGAAGUGUUUGGGAAAGUUGUACUUCGGCGUCCCCUUGCGGUAUCUUCUGGUGCAAUCCUAGGAAGCCGUACACCAAGUCCUGACAUCUCUCAGGAUCGUAAUUGUCUAUAUGUACCAUAAC